AUGGACGAAGACACAAGGACCACCAGUGUCCCUAUCCUGAGGUUCAGACAGGACUGGCAUGUCUGGUACCGAGCAAUACACGACUUCGGAAGGGCAGAGGGAGUAUGGGACCUAGUAAGACCAGACCUAGAAGGAGAACCAGCCUUCCGAACGGAACCUGCACCAAUUACAAGACCACCCAAGGAUACAGACGCCAGAACGUGGGCCAUGUACGAAUUAGACCUCGCAAAGCAAGACAAGGAAUUCGACCAGUACGAUAAGGAGCAGGAUGCACUAUGCAAGUUUCGAUACCACUUAGUAUGUAGCGUACAACACCCUAUCAUGACGAGUCUGGCGCUAGAAGAACACUCCCACGUCAUCUUUAAAAAGCUAAAGGAACGCCUCUGCCCAACAAAGUCGGAGAGAAGACGAGAUGUAAGGCAACGUUGGAAGUCUUUAAUGGAGGACCCGCCGGCGAAGGACGUUGGUAUUUGGCUUCAAAAUUGGGAGAAUACCUAUGAAGACGUGAAGGAACUCGGUAUAUUGGAUGAAGAAUCCGCAAUUGACGACCUUAUCGAGGCCAACGAACAAAUCGACCCCAUGUACACACGUGUUUUGGAGAUCCAUAGAGAAGACACCAAUCCCCAAGGUGAAGACCGAGUCACCUUUCACCAAGUCGUCAGCAAGUUCCAGGAGCGCUACAAGAAGAAGCCGCCAGUGCACAAGUCCAAAUAUCGAGUCUACCAUUAG